AUGGAUUUCUUGACUAUUAUAGAAUCUCUCUUUCAGACUUUCUUUGGUCUUUUUUUUGUUGCUGACUGUAUACUGAAUGGUCGCCUAAGUUUGACCAUAGUAUUUGGUGGCUUCUUCUCAAACAUUUUAAACUUUCCCUUUGUAAUUGUAGUUUCGAGUUUGAUUACAUUAAUUUGCGUGUUUUACGUCAGUCCUGCUGCCAUUUUCACAUCAUUAGUUAUUUCAUGUAUUUUGCGUAAUAUAAUAGUUGAUAUAUGUGCUUUGCUGUCUCCUUCGUUUAUUGACGUUUGGAUUUCUGCUUCUAUCUGCCUCUUCCUUGUGGUUUCUGUACCAGUCGGAUUAGGUUUCGAUUUAAUAAUUUGUGGUCUCUCAAAAUGCGCAAAAUCUGCUAAUGUGCGCAUUAUUAUAUUUCCAAUCGCCGUUUGUGUGAUUACAUGUGUUUCGAUUGCAUUUUCCCAUGCCGAUCAAAUUAUACUAAUUGCUCGAACUGUGCAAGCUAAUUCAUCAUUAAUUAUCUCCUUAAUAUCUUUAGUUCAAAUUUGCUACUUGUUCUCGAACUCUAAUUCGCAGUCCCAAUCUUUUAUUUUGUUUUUGGUUCUACUGAUUGGUACUUUAUAUCCAGGUCAAAAGCGUCAAUUUAUCACAAAAUUUUCCACGUUUGAACUUGUCGAUUCAUCGUUCUCUACAAGUUUGGUAACUGUAGUUAAUGAUCGUGAAUUGGAUGUGAAAAUUAUGCGUAUAGAUCAUAGUAUUGUUGGUGGUGUAUUUAAUACAGGGUUCGAAUCAAUAUUUGAGACCUUUUACUGGUAUGAAUUACCAUGCCAUGUGCCCUGGAUGAAAUCUACUGCUAAAUCGAUGAAAAAGCACGCUUUAGUUGUUGGAUGUGGAGUUGGUAUCGUUGUUGAUGCGCUCAUAAAUCGUUGCAAAUUCGAUCAAGUAAUUGUGGUAGACAACAACGCUGAUGUACUUAGUUUUGCCUCGAAAUACUUCGGCUUGAGCAGAAAUGCCUCGCUCAUUACUGCGGAUGGUCUAGAGUUUAUUACGACACAAGAUACUAAUAAAUUUGAAUUAAUUGUGUAUGAUGUAUUUAGUGGUUUGUUUAUGCGUAGUAAUUAUAUUCAAGAAUUAGUGUCCAACUGUUUUAGGAUACUGUCUGAUAAUGGUAUUUUAGUGCUUAAUCUGGUUGCUACAGUUGAAAUGGAAGUUUUACACACCAUUGUCCAACAACUUCAAACUGCUUUCAAACAACUAAAGUGUUUUUGUGAAGGCGGAAUUGAUUCAGUUAACACUAGUGCACUCGUCAAUUUUGUGUUUUUUGCUAUUAAAAGUGAAGAACCACUACAAUUUGAUAUAUCAGAUGAUAAUAAUGAUCAAUAUAAUUAUCAUGAAGCUUUUAAAAGUGCAUUUAAAAAUUUUAAAUCGAGCGAAAUUCAACUUAAUAAACUUAACACUUAUCGAAGAGUAAAUCAACGGCAAAUUGAAUUCUCAGUAGAAAAAUCUAACUUCCAAUCUAUGCGCGAAAUGUUACCCUCCAGUUUUUGGCUGUUAUACUGA